AUGGCCGCCCCAAAGGAGGGCGGCUUCAAGAUGUCGCUAGGGAAGCUAAAGGCCAAACCAGGACUUAAGAAUCCUAUAAUUCAGAAAGACGCGAAAAAACCGCGCCUUGCGCUUGGCGACGAUGAAUUAGAAGACACGAACAAGCAGCAGGAGAUAUCAGGAUGGGACGCAGCAGAAGGCGGUGCUCUCGAAGUCGGUAGCAAGAAGAAAGAAGAAGGUUUGCGCAUCAUUCCAGCACCACCGAAUCGCGAUUGGCGCGCGGAAGCGCGACGGAAGAUAUUAGCAAAGGCACCGCAUCAGCAGGAGCAAGACCAGAAGAAUGUGACGGCGGCGACAGAAGCAAAGGAGAAGGCGGCUUCACAGAUUCAGUACGGUCUCACGAUCAUCAAGAAGGAUGAGCCAGCAGAGAGCGGGACAGCCGAAGUCUCUGAGCCUAUGGAGGUGGAAGUCGUAAAAGACACCCUCACGGAGGAGCAGCGGUUGGAGAAGAAAGCCAUGGACGCGCUGUUAACGGGAAAAUCGACCGAUGAAGACCUCGUCAUCCCCGUCCAAACAGAAGAAGAAGCCUUCCAUGAUGACCUCAACAACGCGCCCGAAGCACCCACCCUCGAAGCCUACGAAGCCCAACCCAUUGAAGGAUUCGGCGCCGCCCUCCUCCGCGGCAUGGGCUGGAAAGAUGGCGAAGCCUUCGGCAAGAACGGCAAAACCGCAACCCCAAAACCCGUCAAGCGACGCCCCGCCCUCCUCGGAAUCGGCGCCAAAGAAGAAGCAGCCAUCGGUAUCGAACUGGGCGCCUGGGGCCCCAAAUCCGGCAAAGGCAAGAAAAUAGCACAGAGCUACAACCCCGUUGCCCUGCGCAAUAAACACACGGGCGAGAUCAUCACAGAGGAGGAACUCAAAGCUAAGCUGGAAACCCAAGAUAUGGUUACGGAAGACAAGCCAACCAAGUCUCGCACCAAGUACAGCGAUGAUGACGACGACAACGAGGCCAACAAAGGCCGCAACCGCGAAAAGCAAAGCCACAAACAACAUGACCGCGACCGUGACCGCAGGCGCGCCGACGACUACGACUCCGAGCGCCGAAGAGACAGAGAACAUCGCCGCGAAAAAGAUGAAUACAGCCACCACGACAGCGAUGAUCGUCGCCGCGACAAGCGAAGACAUGGAGACAACGACGACUACGACCGCGAGCGCCGCAGAGAUAAACGUCGAGACCGGAGUCGCAGUCCCGACGGGCGUGCGGAGAAGCGUCGGGAUCGGUAUAGGAGUCGUAGUCGGGAUGGUGGGGAGAAGCGGGAGAGGAGAAGGGAGCGGGGUGGGAGUCGGAGUCGGAGUCGCGAGGAGGAUAGGGAUAGGGAUAGGGAUAGGGAUAGGGAUAGGCGGAAGAGGAGGGAAAGGGACUACGAUGAUGGCGGAAGUGACGAUCGCAAGAGGAGGCACAAAGAUGACAAUUAUUAUAGAUGA